UGAUGGAGAACGUUUUUAUCUUUUGUCUUACAAUUGCGUACGUGAAAGCAGGGUCAUGCUAUUAUCAGUAUUACUUUAGAACCAUUCCGCUGUCAGAAUACAGAUUUUGUUUGACCGGAUGUUGUGGACCAAAGGUACCAGAUGACAGGAACUACUGUUGUCCGUCCAUGGGAGCCACAAUUGGAAUCGUGUUGGCUUUAAUCUUAUUCAUUGCAAUUGUCAUAGGACUAUGUAUGGUGUAUAGAAGGAGGAAACACGGAUAUGUGCAUUAUAGAAAUUAUAACCCAUGGACAAGGUCAACAGAAAGUGAAAGCAUUCUUCGAAAUAAUGAACACUCAAGAACUUUAUAUUCCCACACACGCCUGUAAUAUUGUGUUGACAUGUUUGUGUGGAGAUGUGCCUAGAUUGGCAGAAGAUAUAAAGAUACACGCAUCAUUCACACGCCAUAGGUUUGAACAGGUUUAUAUAUCAUGUGUUAUAACAAGAUGUGUAGUGGAAUCACCAUGUGUAAUGAACAAGGUUACACAAGAAGCACAAUGUGUACAGUGUAACAUAAACGCUCAAAUUUAAAUGCACGAGAUGCACACUUUGAUAAUAAACAUUAAUUGAGUGAUAAUAAAUCUUCAUAUAUUUAGUGUAAUCAUCGUGUGUUUAAAGUAAUCAUCGUGUGCUUAGUGUAAUUAUCAUGUUUCUAGGGUACUCAUCACAGUGAUAUUGUUUCCUUAAAUUACUGGAGAAUACAGGCUUUUCCCCUGGAGAAAAGUCCCAAUUGGAAAAAGAAAUGGUUUAAAAUUAUUCCCAAAAAGGCAACUUUCUUCCAAAACAGUGCAAUCUCAGUAGUUAUUGAAAGAUGUUACCAUAAGGAACAUGUGUACUAAGUUUCAAGUUGAUUGGACUUCGAUUUCAAAAAAAACUACCUUGACCAAAUAUUUUAACCUGAAGCGGGACAGAUCAGUGAUAUUGUUUCCUUAAAUUACUGGAGAAUACACAUGAUACAGGCUUUUUCCCCUGGAGAAAAAUCCCAAUUUGAAAAAGAAAUGGCUUAAAAUUAUUCCCAAAAAGGCAACUUUUUUCCAAAACAGUGCAAUCUCAGUAGUAAUACAAACUGAAAAACACUCAUUUAAACAUUUUUCAUGCCUAAAAUGACUAUGUGUGCAGAUUUGUGGGUCUCCUUAUUUAUCAUCACUGACAAUAAGGGGUCUAAUUUCAAAUAAGGGUUAACCUCUUGAAGUUCCAGUCAA